AUGGCUCUGCCACAGCCGUCAGCUCCGGGUCUUCCCAUCCCCAACGCACCUCACGCAGUCUCCGUACAGCUUUCAUCAUGGAAGAAUGUUUGCGGAGUCGCUCUCGGAGAAACUCAAGUGUUAUCGAUCCUGAAGAAUGGCUACCCCAGGUCGUUUCUCCAUAAGGAUGUCCAGGCCCUGUUCAGAGCCUGCGAGACCAAAUUUGCCCCGGGGGGCGGACUGAAGGUCAUGCUGUUCUCGAGUCCCCGUGCCGCCGAAGCCUGCAAAUCAUACAUCGCCUCGGUCGAAAGACACAAGCAGCAAGGAGACAUCAGCGACUGGAUUGCGCUGACCUCGCUGGGCUGGGAACCCUUCAGUCCUCCCCAGUCGCAAUCCAAUCUGCCCAUGCUCUACGCGGUGACAUACCCUGAAGGCUGGCAUGCCACCGCGACGACCUUCUGGCGUCUCGCGGGUCUCGGAAUCUCCUCGCGUCUGUCAGAGAAAUGCCUCGAGCGGGUCGAAACCAUGCGCAAGAUGGAAUCCAUGCCCAGAAGUCUCUCUCACAACGACACCGAGGUCUACUCCAUCCUUCAAUCUCGCAUCGCAACCCUCAUCGAGCGAGCAGCCAUCACCGACAGACCGAAAAAGGUCGCCGCCAGCGACGUCCAUCUCUAUCCCUCCGGCAUGGCCGCCAUCUACACCAUCCAUCAGAUGCUUCUGCGAUGGCGCGGCGCCGAAAGCGCCAUUGUGGGAUUCCCCUACGAACUGACCAUCAAGAUGCUGGAGACCUACGGCCCGCGAUACUCGUUCUACAGCGCCGGAACUGAUCGCGAAAUCGACCUGCUCGAAGCCCAUCUCGAGCAGCUGGCCAGCACCGGACAAAAGCUGCAGGCCGUGUGGUGCGAAUGCCCCUCCAAUCCCCUGCUGCGAACCAUAGACCUCGACCGCAUCCGCAGACUCGCUACAAAAUACGACUUUGUGGUUGUGGUUGACGACACCAUCGGUAGCUACGCCAACGUCGACGUGCUCGACAUCGCAGACAUCGUGAUCACGUCGCUCACCAAGUCGUUUAACGGCUUUGCAGACGUCCUAGCAGGCAGGCAAGUCCUCCACCUCCCUCGCACAUCAACAAAACAGCUAACCAGCAUCGUCAACAGCGCAAUCCUCAACCCCAACUCCCCCUACCACUCCACCUUCCACUCCCUCCUCCACAGCCCCAGCAGCAGCAACAACAACUCAACCCUCUACCUAAUGGACGCCAUCCAACUCGAGCUCAACAGCCGGGACUUCCUCACCCGAACCGCCACAACCAACACCACCGCCGAAUACCUCGUCGACACCCUAAUCCCCCACACCUUACGCCCCAACAGUCCCAUCUCAACAAUCUAUUACCCCAAACACUGCUGGUCCGCGCCCAACUAUCGCCGCCGCAUGCGCCGCCCCACGCCCGACUUCGUCCCCGGCUACGGAUACCUGUUCACGCUGGAAUUCAAGAGCGUGGGCGGCGCGACGGCAUUCCUGGACGCGCUGGAGGUCCAUAAGGGUCCGUCCAUCGGGGCCCAUGUUACGUUGGCGCUGCCGUAUGUGCAGAUGGUGAUGCAGAGGGAGAAGAAGUGGGCGGAGGGGCAUGGGCUACGGGAGUCGAUUGUGAGGAUUUCGGUGGGGUUGGAGGAUAAAGAGGCGUUGGCGGGGGCGUUUGGGGUGGCGUUGAGGGAGGCGGAGAGGGUAAUGGAUGAUUACUGUGAUUAA